AUGGAUAAAGAACACGACACCCCAAUCACCACUGGCUCUUCACACGCCAUUGACGACUCCAUCCACGGAGAUCAAGAUUCAGAAGUUGAAACCAAGCCUCCACCAAUCAGAAGAUCAUCCUCACUAUUCUCACUAGACCUAAACACAACACCAUUAAACCCUCCAGAUGACGAAGAUAUUAAAAAAUUCACCAGUGAUGAUAUCCACUUCAGUCUUGUCCGGAACUUACACCUCGCUGACUUCAUCACCAUGAUGAAUGGAUUUUCAGGUUUUUAUUCAAUAAUCUCAUGUCUUAGAUUCACAUCAACAGGAUUACCACAUUAUGUCCAACGUGCGCAUUUCUUCAUACUCUUGGGUUUAUUUUUCGAUUUUUUCGAUGGGAGAGUGGCUAGAUUGAGGAAUAAAUCUUCAUUAAUGGGACAAGAAUUGGAUAGUUUAGCGGAUUUGAUUUCAUUUGGUGUCGCUCCGGCAUCUAUUGCAUUUGCCAUUGGGUUUCAAUCCACAGUGGAUGUUUUGGUGUUGUCAUUUUUCGUAUUGUGUGGAUUGACAAGAUUGGCUAGGUUUAAUGUCACGGUGACUACGAUUCCUAAAGAUGUUGGAGGGAAGUCCAAGUAUUUUGAAGGGUUGCCAAUUCCAACUUCGUUGUUUAUUGUGGCUAAUAUGGCGUUUUGGGUUAGUAAAGGUUGGGUUAAUGAUGACUUACCAUUUGGGUUGGUUUUGAAAGGUGGGUUUUUGGAGUUUCAUCCAAUUGUGAGUGUUUUUUUCAUUCAUGGUUGUGCAUUGAUUUCAAAAUCGUUGAAGAUUCCAAAACCAUAA